UCUCCUCCUCCUCCCAACGAGCGACGGCCCCGGUGCUUGCUCGACUCAUUCCCCAUUGUAUAUCUGCUGGUCCCAGGGAUCAGCUCACGUUACGUUUGAACCCGUUCUCCAUAAAGUUUCGUCGCCAUGGUCAACUUCACAGUAGACCAGAUUCGGGCCCUCAUGGACAAGCCCACGAACAUCCGUAACAUGAGUGUUAUUGCGCAUGUCGACCACGGAAAGUCUACCCUCACGGACUCCCUCGUUUCCAAGGCCGGUAUCAUCGCCGCGAAGAACGCUGGCGAAGUAAGGUUCACCGAUACUCGAGAGGAUGAGAAAGAACGAGGAAUUACCAUCAAAUCCACGGCCAUCUCCAUGUAUUUUGAAAUCGACAAGGAGGACCUUCCUUCGAUCAAGCAAAAAACCGAAAGCAACGAGUUUUUGAUCAACCUGAUCGAUUCGCCCGGACACGUUGACUUCUCGUCCGAAGUCACCGCUGCCCUCCGUGUCACCGAUGGCGCCCUCGUUGUCGUAGAUUGCAUCGACGGUGUGUGCGUUCAGACCGAGACUGUGUUGCGUCAAGCGCUUUCGGAACGGAUCAAACCCGUUUGCGUCAUCAACAAGGUCGACCGUGCUCUCCUCGAACUUCAGGUAGACAAGGAGGAUCUAUUCCAGUCCUUCCGUCGCACCGUUGAGAGCGUCAACGUCAUUAUCUCCACUUACCACGACGAAGUCCUUGGCGAUGUCCAGGUUUACCCUGAGAAGGGCACUGUCGCCUUCGGCUCCGGUCUGCAUGGCUGGGCCUUCACCUUGCGCCAAUUCGCCAACCGUUAUUCGAAGAAGUUUGGUGUCGACAAGGAGAAGAUGAUGGUCAAGCUUUGGGGCGACAACUUCUUCAACCCUAAGACCCGCAAGUGGACGACUAAGGGCAUCGACUCCGAUGGUACCUCGCUUGAACGUGCUUUCAACAUGUUCGUCCUCGACCCCAUCUUCAAGAUUUUCGAUGCCGUUAUGAACUUUAAGAAGGACAAAAUCGAGCCCAUGCUUGAGAAGCUCGAGAUCAAGCUCGCUCCUGAGGAGAAGGACCUGGAAGGCAAGGCUCUUUUGAAGGCGAUCAUGCGUCGCUUCCUCCCCGCCGGAGAAGCUCUCCUGGAGAUGAUUGUCAUCAACCUUCCUUCCCCCGCCACCGCGCAAAGGUACCGUGUGGACACCCUCUACGAGGGCCCCAUGGACGACGAAACCGCUAUUGGCAUUCGUGACUGCGAUCCUAAGGCCCCUCUUUGCGUUUACAUCUCGAAGAUGGUACCUACUUCCGAUCGUGGUCGCUUCUAUGCCUUCGGUCGCGUCUUCUCUGGUACCGUCCGUGCUGGUCCGAAGAUUCGUAUCCAGGGCCCGAACUACGUUCCGGGCAAGAAGGACGACUUAUUCAUUAAGUCGAUACAGCGUACGAUGCUGAUGAUGGGUCGCUACGUCGAGCCUCUGGAGGAUUGCCCGGCUGGCAACAUCGUCGGCCUCGUUGGCAUCGACCAGUUCCUUCUCAAGAGCGGUACUCUCACCACCUCUGAGACGGCGCACAACAUGAAGGUCAUGAAGUUCUCCGUGUCUCCCGUCGUCCAGGUCGCUGUCGAGGUCAAGAAUGCCGCCGAUCUGCCUAAGCUCGUCGAAGGUCUCAAGCGUUUGUCCAAGUCCGACCCGUGCGUGCAGGCUUGGAUUUCACCUCAGGGUGAGCACAUCGUCGCCGGUGCCGGUGAGCUUCACUUGGAGAUCUGCUUGAAGGAUCUCGAGGAGGAUCACGCCGGUGUCCCCCUAAAGGUCUCGCCUCCCGUCGUCGGAUACUGUGAAACCGUCAAGGCCGAAUCGUCCAUGGUCGCCCUGUCAAAAUCUCAGAACAAGCACAAUCGUCUCUACGUGAAGGCACUACCGCUUGAGGAGGAGCUCACCAUUGCGAUCGAGUCCGGCAAGAUCAACGCCAGGGAUGAUUUCAAGGCCCGUGCACGUAUCAUGGCUGAUGAGUACGGAUGGGACGUCACCGAUGCUCGCAAAAUCUGGUGUUUCGGUCCAGACACCACUGGCCCUAACCUUCUCGUUGACGUUACCAAGGGUGUUCAAUACCUCAACGAGAUCAAGGAUUCUUGUAUUGCUGGUUUCCAGUGGGCGACAAAGGAGGGUGUAUGCGCGGAGGAGAACAUGCGCGGUAUUCGCUUCAACAUCCUCGAUGUUACGCUACACACCGAUGCCAUUCACCGUGGUGGUGGACAGAUCAUUCCGACGACUCGCCGCGUUUGCUAUGCGGCUUGCUUGCUUGCUACGCCUGGUCUUCAAGAGCCAGUCUACCUCGUCGAGAUCCAGUGCCCGGAGAACGCUAUCGGCGGUAUUUACUCCGUGCUCAACAAGCGUCGUGGUCAGGUCUUCAGCGAGGAGCAGAGGCCAGGCACUCCCAUGUUCACUGUGAAGGCUUACCUCCCUGUCAUGGAGUCCUUCGGAUUCAACGGCGAGUUGCGGUCGCAAACUGGUGGACAGGCAUUCCCCCAGAGUGUCUUCGAUCACUGGCAGUUGAUGAACGGCUCUCCUCUUGAGAAGGGUAGCAAACUGGAGGAGCUCGUCAAGAGCAUCCGUACACGCAAGGGUCUCAAGCCCGAUAUCCCUCCCCUCGACACUUAUUACGACAAGCUCUAAAGCACAGCGCAUGUAUCUCCAUCGAAUCAUUGUGUACUAGAGCCGCCGUUCGUCCAGCUUGUCUGUCUAUCACGAUUAUCUCUGUUGUUGUAUUCUCACGUGACUGUGCAAUGCAUCGCUUGGAUGUACAUACUGCGCCGACAUAUUGUCGCCUCUGCUCUAUACGCGUUUCCACCGGGAACGUCGCCGAUCUCUAUCGACCAGUAUUGCGCUUUCUUCAGUAAGCCUGGUCUACUGUUGUCUCACACGAGUAUUCAAUCGAUUACAAGAACAUCUGGCCUCGAGCGAAGAGUACGCCUUCGCCGCGAAGUUUUACUGUUGCCUCGUCGACUACUAAAUCCAGCUUGCCACCUCGCUCACUGACCUGAAUCGCCGCUAUGCGUGUGUGCUUCACGUUCUUCGCUGCCGACCAGUAGGGCCCGAGUAGGCAAUGUGCAGAGCCGCAAACAUGAUCCUCAGCUAUGCCAGACACUGGGGCGAACAUACGCGAAACGAAGAGCGCUUCGUCGCGAAGAUCGGCGGGGGCCUCCGAGGUCAGGACGUUUACUUUAUAUCCUGUAUUUUUGAAACGGUCCGUGUCCACAGCACAUCCCUUAAGCACCUCGGGAUUAUCCAACACGAGCAGAAGAUAUUGCUCGAAUUCCUUCACGCCGCGGGCAGCGAAACGAAGCUGAACAUCGGAUUUGCCCAGUGCUUGUUGGACGAUGCCAGUCAUUUUCAUGCACUCGUCCUCCAACAGAGGGAUGAGAAUGGUCGACGGCAGCUCGAUUUCGAAGGUAGUCUUCCCGUCGACCUCUAUUUUCGCUGCAGUGACCACCUGACCCUCCAAUAAUGACGGUCUGAACGAGAUGACAUCCACGUUGGAUGGUACGCGCCCACUGGCUAGGAGCGCAUGACAUGCGGCUAGUGUCCCAUGUCCGCAAAGUAUGACCUCGCGCCGCGUACUGAACCAGCGCACACCGUACUCGACUGUGUUCGACGGUAGGUCAAGUUGAUUUGGUGCGACGGGAAAUAGAAAGGAGACUAUGGGUUGUUGCCAAUUGCGAGCGAUGCCCUGCAAGUCGUCCGUCGACAAGGUGGCAUUGUCGUUAAGGAAUACAGUGAGCGCAGGGUUGCCCCGGAAUGGAUCCGCGGUGAAGGCGUUCACGAGCAAAUACUCGUAGGACGCCAUCGUGAAGCGGGGGAGGGGGGUCUGCUGCGGGAAGCCUAUCGUGACUCCCACUUGUACUGAGUAAAUAUGACUCAUUCCCGGCAUCUAUUACGAAGUAUGUCGAGUCAACGUAAACCGAUCUCUGAGCGUAGCGGAAAUUUCAAGGCCGUCGCGGAUUCGAACCGGUUUGGAUGGAUUGUCAUGGAUUCUUCGCAAGAAUAAGCAGGCUUGCAAGAGUCGAACUUGCCUUCCGCGACAGGUACCAGAUAUUGACCAAUUGGAGAUGGUGUAUAGACUGUUUGAUACACGAGGACGAUGCCCGGCAUAUCAUGUCAGGUCAUGUUGCUGUUCAGGGAUUUUGAGGAGAUAACACAAGAUCGUUGACGUUGUGGGAACUCCGCUCUUAAUUGAGGUUACUUCCAGCCUGCAGGUUUCGUUGCAAUAAAAUUACCUCGAUGGGGUGCAGAUUGUGAAGAUAUGGCGGAGGUUACUUGCCUGAUCUCCCCCGAACCGCAGAGACAACAAUGGUUGACAUUCGAGUACGACGCGAUUACCCGCCCAAAAGAUCCCCCAUCUCCUCCACGAACUUCUCGUAAUCGUCUUUCCCUUUGGCAACGCUUGGCUUUGAGGCUCCUGCAGUGGACUGUCCUUGCACAGUGGCAGGCACAGGAAGGUGAUCCUUCAGCGUGCUGAGCAAGUCAGGUCGCGGCGCGGCGACAUCCAUAUCAGUUCCAGUGGGUGCUAGGGAUGGCGCGGCGUUUAUUUUUCCGGCGGAAGAAGCGGCUUUCUCCUUUGCCUUCCGCUUGAGCGUCGUGGGCACGAACGCGGUGGCUUCCUUUUUGAAGUCACGGAGCUCCGGCUCCGCCGACACUGUUGCAGACGCGCUGACUGUAGUCGCGGGUGAAGUGACGGUAGAAGCAGCGGGUUUUGGCGGCAAGGAUGGAUGCCCUUGCAGCUGACCCGCUCUGUACGCCUGGUACGUCUGGUGAGGUACAGCGGAUAAAGGAUCUUGUAUGACACCUUCAGACUGGUUGCGCCGAGGAAAGAAGCCGGGCGGAGGCGGAGGCAUUGACACGUAGUUUUGAGGCGGGAAUAGCGGUAUUCCCGGUGGCAAGGGAAUUUUCUGCAUUGGUACGCCAUAUGGAGGCCCAGGAGCUGGAGGUCCAGCAGGAGGAGGCGGCGGGAGGAUGGCUCCAAAGGGAGCCGUGGGAGGAGGAGGAGGGAGGGUUAGGCUGCCAGGCGGAGAAAACGGAAGUUGCGGUAGCGAUAGAACCAUCGGAAUCGGCGGCGGUCCUGAUGGCAGCGGCGGCGGGUCCGCACUAAAGCUGCCGGGAGGAGGGCCUUCAGGCAUAGGUAUGUCGUCGUCACUGUCUUCACCGGUUUCUUCUGGUAAUGGAGGCGGUUGCUCCGGCAUGGGUAUAUCAUCGUCAUCUUUGUCCUCAUCCGACAUAUCCUCCACAUCACUAUCCUUCUCGCCCGGCAAUAGAGGUCUCUCCAUGUAGGGCAUACCCGGAGGUGCAACUCCGAAUGGGUUCAUGACAGGUUCAUAAUAUAUACUCCUUUCCGGGUGUCGAGGAAGACCAUUCUUAUCGAACAGAUUCCGGGACUUCUUCGCGGGUCGAGACUCCUCUUGAUUCUGCUGUGUUCUCUUAGGCCUGUACACCAGUUUGCGUUGUUCGGGAUGUUCAGCAACAUAUUCUUCCUUUUUCUUAUUGAUCUUCUCGAGCUCGUUCUUGGCCUCGUUGAGACGUUGUUUAUCGGAAUUGGGAUCUGCUUCUAGUCUUGCUAUUUCUUCUUCAAGUUCGCUUGUGUCCUUCUUGACGAGGGCAAAGUCGCGAGUUUUCUGCCUCUCUGCUUUGUUCUUCUUCAGUUCCUUCUUCCUCUGAGCCUUCCUGAACGCGUCCGCUGGAUUGGCAGUUUUGCCUUUCGCCAUAUUUCAACAACUUGCGUGUUAUAGCGCGUAUUGCGUUAAGAUGGUGCCGCCUGCCAGACUAUUAUGUAUCUCGGCUUUGAU